CAAUGGAAUAUGUCGGGCUUCCAAUUGCCGGUAAUUAUAUUCAUAGCGUUCGCGUCCAUUUUCGGUGUCGUUCAAAGGGACUGUGAAGCAAUUCGCCGCUUUUUUAACUUUUGCAACAACAAGCACAUAAUGGAUUUCGAAUAUGUUUCUGACGCUUCUCAGUAGCUUACUCUCGUGAGGCUGAUUGCUUGGUUUCUAGACCUCGUCACCUUGGUGGGGGAUUUGUAACGAUAUAUUUAGCCUCUCUCGUUUGGGAUAUUGCCAUUGGAGCAAGAGAAGACACAAACGGAAAAUCAAAUUGGAUUGCCAGGUUUCCAGGAAGAUGCGGCUGUGAGCUUGCUCAGAGUGCUGAUCCUGUGGGUCUUCACCUGAUCGUGACCAUGGGGAUAUGGCCGGGGGGUGUCCGGGCCUGCAUUGCAGGCCAGGAGAACUGCUCUGCCAAUAAUGAGUCCAAAGACUACUGUUACUCAGCCCGUAUCCGCAGCACCGUGCUACAGGGCCUACCCUUUGGAGGGGUCCCCACAGUCCUUGCGCUGGACUUCAUGUGCUUCCUGGUGCUUCUCUUUGUCUUCUCAGUACUGCGGAAAGUGGCCUGGGAUUAUGGACGCUUGGCAUUGGUGACAGACGCUGACAGAUCGAAGAAGCGUUUCAACGGAUUGGAGGAGCGGGAAUAUGUUGCCUCAGCUCUGCAUUCUGAGACGCCAGACCGCUAUGAACGUCUCACUUCAGUCUCCAGCUCUGUCGACUUCGAUCAACGGGAUAACGGCUUCUGUUCCUGGUUAACUGCCAUCUUCAGAAUAAAGGACGAGGAGAUCCGGGAGAAGUGUGGUGAGGACGCCGUUCACUACCUUUCCUUCCAGCGCCACAUCAUCGGCCAGCUGGUGGUUGUUGGGGUUCUGUCUGUGGGCAUCGUCCUGCCGGUCAACUUUUCUGGAGACCUUUUGGAAAAUAAUGCAUACAGCUUUGGGCGGACCACUAUAGCAAACCUGAAGUCUGGGACUAACCUCUUGUGGCUCCACACUUCGUUUGCAUUCAUAUACCUGCUUCUGACUGUGUACAGCAUGAGACGACACACGUCCAAGAUGCAUUACAAGGAGGAUGACCUGGUGAAACGCACUUUGUUUAUUAAUGGGAUCUCCAAAUAUGCCGAAGAGGUCCACAUAAAACAACACUUUCAACAAGCCUAUGAGAACUGCACUGUUCUUGAUGCUCGAAUCUGCUACAACGUAGCCAAACUCAUGUCCCUGAAUGCUGAGAGGAAGAAGACAGAGCGCAGUUUAAAGUUCUUCACUGAUCUCAUGGCCAAAGAGCACAUGCCCACCAUGGUCAACCCCAAACCCUGUGGCCACCUCUGCUGCUGUGUCAUCAAAGGCUGUGAGCAGGAAGAGGCGGUGAGCUUCUAUACUAAGCGGGAGGCCAAAUUGAAGGAGGAGUACAGAAAGGAGAAAGAGAAGGUCAACACUAAACCUCUUGGCAUGGCGUUUGUCACUUUCCAGAAUGAGGCCAUGACUGCAAUAAUCCUAAAGGACUUCAAUGCCUGCCAAUGCCAUGGCUGCACAUGUCGCCAAGAGCCCAAGUCAUCCCAGUUCAGUGAAAGUCUCCACAUCUACAACUGGAGUGUGAGCUAUGCUCCUGACCCUCAAAACGUGCGCUGGGAGCAUUUAUCGUUGGGGGGGGUUUCCUGGUGGAUUCGCUGCUUCAUCAUCAACUGCAUCCUUUUCCUCCUGCUCUUCUUUCUCACCACGCCCGCCAUCAUUAUCUCCACGAUGGACAAGUUUAACGUCACCAAGCCUGUGGAGUAUCUCAAUAACCCCAUCAUCACCCAGUUCUUCCCUACUUUGCUCCUGUGGGCUUUCUCUGCCCUGCUGCCCACCAUCGUCUACUACUCUGCUUUCUUCGAGAAACACUGGACGAGGUCGGGGGAGAACCGGACCACCAUGCACAAGUGCUACACCUUCCUCAUCUUCAUGGUCCUCUUGCUGCCUUCACUGGGUCUUAGCAGUUUGGAUGUCUUCUUCCGCUGGCUGUUUGAUAAGAAAUUCCUUGCUGACGCCACUGUCAGAUUUGAGUGUGUCUUCCUCCCUGACAACGGAGCCUUCUUUGUCAACUAUGUCAUCGCCUCAGCGUUUAUCGGUAACGCCAUGGACCUGCUGCGGAUUCCAGGCUUGCUCAUGUAUAUGAUCCGACUGUCCCUGGCCCGUUCCUCUGCAGAGAGGCGCAACGUAAAGAGGCAUCAAGCGUUUGAAUUCCAGUUUGGAGCGGCCUACGCCUGGAUGAUGUCCGUCUUCACUGUAGUUAUGACAUACAGCAUCACCUGUCCAAUCAUCGUCCCCUUUGGUCUGAUGUACAUGCUGCUGAAGCACCUGGUGGAUAGAUACAACAUGUAUUACGCUUACCUUCCCUCGAAACUGGACAAGAAAAUCCACUCAGGUGCUGUCAAUCAGGUGGUGGCAGCUCCCAUCCUCUGUCUCUUUUGGCUGCUAUUCUUUUCCACCAUGCGCACAGGCUUUGUAACCCCCACGUCCAUGUUCACUUUGGUGGUCCUAAUCAUCACCAUUGUGGUAUGCCUGUCGCACGUCUGCUUCGGCCACUUCAAGUACCUCAGCGCUCACAACUACAAGGUACGGGUCACUGUGCUCAAGAUUGACACCAAGGAAACAGAUGUUGACGUGGUUGAAAAUGGCCGCCCACCACUCCGCACCUUCUCCUCUCCUUCUAAUAAGUCUCAGCAACCAACGUACAUUGCCCAGGUCUUACAGGACCCAAUCAUGGAUGACGCUUGCACAGGCAGUGGGGAGGAAGAUCGGGGGUCCUCACAGGAUGAGGAGAUGAUCAACACUGGGAAUAGUCUCAAUGAAGCUGACUUCCAGUCCGGUGAAGACAGCCUCAUAGCCAACGAGGUCCACCAGUAACACUACCAGCUGAGAAAGGGGAAAGAGCGAAAGAUGGUGAGAGAGGGAUUUUGGAGAGGAUGAAUGCCAGACUCGAACAACAAACCACCAACUUCACUUUGGAUUCUAAAACAAUUUGCAGUCAUUCCUCCCCCAUGCUCCCCCACUCUGUCACCUUUUUUCAGUUGUGCCUCUGCACCUUGCAUUACCGCAGAAAAUGCCAGA